CUCAAGCGCUGCUUGGGAGGCAACCCAAUUCAGAAGUAGUUGUGAAGGAGUCUACAAACACAGAUUUGCUUUCUCCUUCCCUAUUUCUUUUAUUUUUCACUUUUUCUCUUUUGUUUUUAUUUUAGGAUUUGUUUUCAUAAAUGCCUUCUAUCUAUGCUUAUUUGUUUCAUUGCAUGCUUAUAAUUGAUUACAAUGAGGACAAUGCAAUAUUUAAGUGUGGGGGUAGGGAUUUAUAUUUUUGUCUUGAGUCACAUAUAUUGAAAAAUACAAAAAAUUAUAAAAAUGUCAAAAAAAAAAAAAAUUGUUGCUUUUAUUUAUUGAGUCAUAGGAUGUCAUUUCAACAGUCUAGGAUGAGCUUAUAUCUCUGAAAUUAUGAUUAAAAGAGGAUCACAAUAUCUCGUCACUCGUUCCCAGAGCGAAACGUUCAUUGCUGUGAGCGAAACCCUAUAACCCGAUCUGUCAUGGCCAAACGGGGGAGAUCAUCUUCAACCGAGCGAAGCCCUAAAACCCGAUCUGUGGUGGCCAAACGGAGGACCAUUCCGCCGCCGCCGCCGGUGAAGAGACUGCUGCUCCAUCCUUUUCUUCAAGAUUAUGCCGAUUUCUACGAGAACCGUCUCUAUUACACCGCGUAUAACUCGGCGAAUUCCUUUCUGUUCGACAUUCUUCAGCCCAUUCUCCAGAGUCUCACCAGGGAUUUAUUGAGGGGAGUUUUGAUGAGAUGGGAGGAGAACAAGCCAGUCGGGUCCUUGCUUCCGAGUUGCGUGGAAGUCAGGGAUCACGUCGUAAUUCUCCCCGCAGUUGGCUCUAGUCUUCAUGAGGAUAAGGAUUAUCAGAAUAAAUUCAGGGAGGCCGUGGAAGCGUUUCUCGGAUUUAGUGGAACACAUCACGUCCAUAGUCUCAACUGAAACAACUCAGUCACACACACACACAUACUCUUUCUCUCUCUCUCGGAUCAGACUCUCAUCUCUUAAGAAAAAGAAAACUACUGGGUUUGCUUCUUCACGCUGAAAGAUUCAAUCUUUCAUUGCCUUGAGUUUUCAACUCAUGCUCUCUCAGACCCUCUCUUCAUUUUGUCAUUCACCAGUUGAAGAGCUUGGAGUUUCUCAUGAAUGGCGACAAUUUGAUGGGUUGGUUUCUUUCCCCCAAAGCUUCAAUCUUUGUAGUCCAAACAUGUUCAUCUCUCUGACACACUCAAAAUGAGUGCUCAAAAUAUAGCCCUGCAAUUGUAAUAACAAUAAGUAUGG